AUGAAGCUUGAGGAGGAAGAAAGGGACAUUUUGUUUCAGACUGAUGAUGAGGAAUGCCAAGUCGAUGUCUCUUGUGAUGAAGAUGACAAUAUCUCCUACUCAUCUUCUACAUUACCCCAGAACGAUUCUACUACAUGGCCUCGGAGUUAUCGACAAUCUGUGGAUAUCUUGACCGGAGUUACACCACCACCGAUAAGUUUCAUGCACCAGAGAGGAUCUCAGACAUCAUUCACCAGCUCGAUCUCUUCCUUAUACAAGAGGCGACAAAACUCUAUUCUAGAUUCGUUUGCUUCUUCCGCAAGCAAACAACCACUGCUCUCUGAAAAGGAAGAGGUAUCAGCCAAAUCAUUCAUUCCAUCUCAGCUCAAGUUAUCCAUCACCGAUCUCCCGUUCGCAGAAGCAAAUCUCUGCUCGUUUCCUCAAUCUGUUCUCAAUGGAAUCAAUAUUCUAUGUGGUGUAGGUCUACUCACAAUGCCUUACGCAGUAAAAGAAGGAGGAUGGCUAGGGCUUUUGAUACUCUUCUCCUUCGGUAUCAUCACUUGCUACACCGGUAUUCUCCUCAAACGAUGUCUUGAAAGCUCUCCUGACCUCCAUACCUAUCCCGAUAUCGGUCAAGCCGCCUUUGGAUUCAUCGGUCGCCUAAUCAUCUCCAUACUUUUGUACAUGGAGUUAUACGCAUGUUGUGUGGAGUAUAUAAUCAUGAUGAGUGAUAACUUGUCGAAACUUUUCCCCAACAUAUCAUUAAACAUCUUUGGAGUAUCUCUAGAUCCUUCACAGAUCUUUGCCAUAACAGCCACUCUAAUUGUUCUUCCUACGGUUUGGCUUAGAGACCUUAGCUUACUCUCCUAUCUCUCAGCCGGAGGAGUCUUCUCCUCUAUUUUGCUGGCUCUUUGUCUCUUUUGGGUCGGGUCGGUUGAUGGAGUCGGGUUUCACCCGGGUGGACAAGCUCUCGAUCUCGCUAACUUACCUGUCGCGAUCGGGAUUUUCGGUUUUGGGUUCAGUGGUCACGCAGUUUUCCCAAACAUUUACUCUUCCAUGAAAGAUCCAUCAAAGUUUCCCUUGGUGCUACUCACUAGUUUCGGGUGCUGCGUAAUCUUUUACAUAGCCGUAGCGAUUUGCGGUUACACUAUGUUUGGUGAGGCGAUUCAAUCGCAGUUUACACUAAACAUGCCUCAACAAUUCACUUCAUCUAAAAUCGCAGUUUGGACAGCGGUCAUUACACCUAUGACCAAAUACGCGUUAUCUCUCACACCGAUCGUGCUAAGCUUAGAAGAACUUUUGCCGGCUUCAGAAAAAAUGAGAUCCAACGGAGUAUCAAUGUUUUUUAGAACGAUAUUAGUUCUAUCUACUUUAAUUGUGGCACUUACAUUCCCAUUUUUCGCGAUCAUGGGGGCUUUGAUGGGAUCUUUCCUCGCAAUGCUUGUCGCUUUUAUAUUUCCAUGUCUUUGUUAUCUUAGUAUCUUGAGGGGUAGACUGAGUAAGACACAAAUUGGAAUAUGCGUUUUCAUCAUAAUCUCCGGCACUGUAAGCGGUAGCUGCGGAACGUACUCCGCUAUUGGAAGAUUAGUAGGAGAAUGGAGUUGA